UUUUUUUCUUUGGAUAAUCUCAACCUAAGCAAGGAAUCUCUCAUUAUGAAGUUUUUCAUCUGUUUUGUGGCCUUUGUGGGCAUGGCUCAGUGUGGUCUCUUGCCCCACUUGGAGCACCAUCACCAUGAGAAUGGUCUCAGCCAUCACGAUGUGGAUGUGCCGCAUUUCGUUGAUGGGGAUAUUCACCAUUCGGAUGGCAUUCAUUUGGGACAUCACAGUGCAGCGAUUAUUCACGAUGAUCACCAUGUGGAGCAUCCAGUUUAUCAUCAUGAUGACCAUCAUGUUGUCGAUCACCAUCAUGUGGAUGUGGCUCCAGCUCCGGCGAAAAUUGUCCACCAUGAGCCAAUUCAUCAUCAAGUGGCUCAUCUGCAUGCCGCUCCUGUGGUCCAUCAUCACAGUCACAGUCACUCCGCCCUGGUGCAUCAUCGUGCUGCCUAUCCUGCCCAUUUGGAUGUGCACAGCCAUGCCAAUCUCUUGUCCUUUGCCAAACAUCAUUUGCACGGUAAAUACGGCAAAGUAAGGAUCACCGAGACGCAUUAUUAACCCUAGAAAAAGAGAGAGAGAGAGAGAUUUCCAUUCUCAUCCAUCCAACAGCUCAUUGCUCUAAUUUUUAAUUUA